AAAAAGUUCAAAUUUAUAAACAUAUAAUUCGAAAUUAAAUUUUUUAUUAUUAUUAUUAUUUUUAUUAUUUAUAUAUAUAUAUCUAUAAAAUAAUGGGUAAAAUGAUCUUUUAUCUUUCUAAUGAAACAUCUUUUGAUCAUUUUCUUCGAAAAGUAGUACAAAAACAACUUUGGGAAAUUUUAAGUAACUCUUGAAAAAGGAUGGAUGUCCCAUACUUUUAUUAAUUUUCUAUUCUCAACUGAUUUUUUUAUUUUUUUUUUUGAGUUUCUUCAAAACUAACUUUUUGAUUGAUGCUCAAUAUUUUUAACCACCCUAUCGUCUAAUUAGUUUUUCCCAGGAAAAAAAUGUGCACAAAAUCGUUGUCAGAAAACGACUAGUCCAAUAAAUAUAGUCCAAAAGUCAUAAUAAAUCCUCGAAUUCCCAUCCAUAAUCGAUGGAAGCAUUUUUUAACUGCACUACAUCAAAAAAAUUCUUAGUAAAAUAAUUAAAAGUCAUAAAAAUUCUUGUUCACAUAAAUAUAUUUGUCCCACGUACCACCCUUUCUCUCUUUAAAACCAAGAAUGCCAUUAACUUCCUCCAUUAAACAAAGAACAAAAGAAUCGCAAAUAUGUCAAACCCAUUUCUUUCAUCUCUAUAUUUUCUACUUGUCCACCACAUCAAACCCGAAACUUGAAUACAUAAAGACAAAAGUAAAAAAAAAAGGAUCAUCAAAUUCAAAGAAGAGUCAUAUAUAUAUAUCAACCGAUCUUUUAGCUAUGGGGGCAGCUUCAUCGAGCCUCGCCGGAUCUGAGGCUUAUGCUGGAAAGUUAUGCGGUCUCGAAGACGUACCUGAGAACUGUAUAACGGCAAUGUUCAUGUGCAUGGAACCACCGGAGAUAUGCAUACUUGCAAGGGUGAAUAAGUCAUUUCAUAGGGCGUCGAGAUCCGACACGGUGUGGGAACACAAGCUUCCCCUUAACUACAAGUUUUUGGUCCGAAGAAUCCUUGAAGAUCAACAAGUAGGAGAAAAAGACAAAGUUAUUAGCCGCACGAAAGAGAUCUAUGCAAGGCUUUGCCGACCAAACUUCUUCGACGCCGGCACAAAGGAAGCAUGGUUGGACAAGAGAAGUGGGAAAGUGUGUUUGGCUAUAUCACCAAAGGCAAUGAAGAUAACCGGCUUUGAUGAUCGCCGAUAUUGGGAACGUAUUUCUUCCGACGAGUCGAGAUUUGGAUCAAUAGCUUAUCUCCGGCAAGUAUGGUGGUUAGAAGCGGUGGGAAAUAUCAGAUUUGAAUUUGCACCAGGAAAAUACAGUGUACUUUUCAAGAUACAUUUAGGCAAACCUUUGAGAAAGUGUGGGAGAAAAACAAGUAACCUCGACCAAGUUCAUGGUUGGGAUAUCAAACCGGUCAGGUUUCAACUGUCUACAUCAGACGGCCAAGGUGCGAUGUCUGAACGACAUUUGGAUGAACCAGGGAGGUGGUUUUAUCAUCACGUGGGUGAUUUUGUCGUAGAGAAUCAAAACUCGCCCGUUUGGGUCAAGUUCUCUAUGCUCCAGAUAGAUUGUACACAUACCAAAGGUGGUUUAUGUUUAGAUUGUGUGAUUAUAUGUCCAUUUGAGUUUAGAGGGAAAUACACAUAUUUCGAUUAGUUUUUUGUUUGAAAGGUUUUGUUUUGGUAUAUUAGUAUGUAGGAUAUUUAUUACUUGUAAAUAUACAAAGUCUGUUUAUAUUGUUAAUUAAUAUAAUCAGGUGCAAAUUUAUAUUA